AUGGGAAUGUUUUUUGGACGUAAGCCCCCCACGGGGUCAGCCUCGGGAGAUGAAGUGGUGCCACUGCAUUUUUUCGAGAAUAGCCUGCUUGUACAGGGUAACAACAUGGCUGCAUCCCUUGUGUUUGACGCCGUGCUCGACCCCAAAAAGUUACAAGAGUCCCUCGAAGGCUUGGUGAAGCGGGAAGGGUGGCAAAGGUUGGGGGGCAAGAUCGAAUGGCAUAUUCCAACGGAGUUUACCGCCGAACGGCCCGCCAUCUCCUUCGCCCAUAUCGACCAUGGCAUGCCUGCCGCUGAGCACCCCGCAGCCUCCAAAAUCCCUAGCCCCACGACGCGCCCAGCCAUAGUUGGCGACCCGGACGACCUGGAAGACCUGGCGUGGGGAGCCGAGUACAAGCCGGGUGGAAUCAAUGACUAUCUUGACGCGGAUAUUCCGGUCUUGGGGCUGCGGGUCAACUCUUUCACCGACAAAACCAUCGUGGUUCUGCAGUGGCAGCAUGUUGCUUUCGAUGCGCUUGGCUUGCAAUACGUUGUGGAAGGCUGGAGUGCGAUGCUCUGGGGCAAGACAACCGAGAUUCCGACUCCGUGCAAGAUCGACUCAGACCCAUUCGACUCUCUUGCACGGGGCUCGCGUCCCCAGACCGAAGAGCAUGUACUAUCGGAGAAGAGGGUUGGACUUGGAGGCAUGCUUAGGUGGGGACUGGGGUACGGUAUUGAUAUGUUGAUCCGUUCCAAGGAGAACCGUAUGGUUUGUGUGCCAGAAUCGCAUUGGCGACCGCAGUUGGAGAAGGCCUUGCAGGAGCUUCGAGCCCUGGCGGUCGAGAAGGGCGAAGAUCCAUCCAAGGUUUUUUUGACUGAGAAUGACAUCUUGACGGCCUGGAUCCUGCGUUGUGUUGUUGGUGAGAUGGGGAUGAGCCCCAGUCGAACGGUUGCAGCAUCUAUCGCAAUGUCGCUGCGAAAGGCCUUCGAGGGUGACCUAAUUCCUUCCUCCGCCAAGCACCCUUACGUUGGAAAUGCCUUCGGCUGGGCCAACGUGCUGGUGAGCGCCGGGGAUGUUACCUCCAAGCCGCUGAGUUGGCUCGCGCAGCAGGUUCGGCGUGCAAUAAAUGAGCAAGGCACGCGUGCUCAACAUGAAGCAUACUACGCUAUGGUUCGUGCGUCUGGAAUGGGGUUACCCAUUGUCAUCCUCGGAGACGGCGGUAUGGCCCAAGUUGGCUUCUCCAAUUGGAAUCGGGCUGGCCUUUUCGACUUGGACUUUGCCCCUGCUCGGAAAGAACCCAAAGACAAUAGCAUACCGUGCCGACCUUCAUAUAUCCAAGAGAAUCACGGUCCUAUCAAACCGGCAGAUGGCUUCUUCAUCCUGGGCAAGGACGAGAGAGGAAAUUACUGGACCUCGGCGUGUAAAGUGAAAGGCCAGUGGGAUAAGUUCGAGGAGCAACUGAGCAAGGACUUUGAGGUCUAA